AAUUUUAAGACAAGACUCCAAACAGCCGGGUAAAACAACUCCACUGUAUGUGUUCGAGACUUUGAGAGGUUCACUUUGGACUUACUACACAUCUUCUACGCCUUUUUGCUGCUUUUCAAAAAGCAAACCAAAUACUCUUUUGGAUUUAAAAUUUCCAAAUUCCCAAUCUCACUUCUUGCAACAUCAUCAUCGAAGCAUUGCCUGUCGAUUUCAACAGCGAAUCCACCGAAUAAGUCUCUCAUCGGUUGUUAAUUAGUCGCUGUUUACAUGCUCUGUAAGCACAAUCAUCUUUUUCGCUUCAAGGUUGACGACUUCUAACUAAUGAUGUAAUUACAAGCCAUAAAAGAGUUUACUCCGCCGAUUAGGCUAUUAUUCCGUUUCCACGACGAAAUGGGGUUUCAUUUGACUUAUUCAUCAAGCGAAACCUUCAUUGGCUUCUUUUGCAUUUUGCAAACUAGAAAUCGUUUGUUAAUUGUUUGAUCUGACCAGAUCAGCCUACGUCAUACUACUUGUUUAUCUGAAAUUGACUUAUGGAUUUAGGGUUUGUAUUGUUACUAAAAGCUUGAUUCUCGACAGUUGUAUCUAAACCAGAAGCAUGACAAGAAUGGGACGAGAUUUCAGCUACACAACUCAAAGAGAUGCAGUUUCCCCAGUGUCAGCAGAUGUUCUAUUUGCAUCCAGCCGAUUUCCAAAUUACAAAACCAGAACUAAUAACAACACAAUGGAGGCAAAAGAAGAUUCAAAGUUAGUUUCUAUGAGGGAGUUAACUCGACAUGAAACUGCCAAGUUGCUAGAUCAACAAAAUCGUUUAUCUGUUCGUGAUCUUGCCAGUAAAUUUGAAAAGGGUUUAGCUGCUGCUGCUAAAUUAUCUGAUGAGAAUAAGCUCAGAGAUGUGGUUUCUCUAGAGAAACAUGUGCUUUUAGAAAAGCUUAAAGAUGCACUUGAAUCAUUGAGAGGGCGUGCUGUUGGUAAAAACAAAGAUGAUGUGGAGGAGGCUAUUGCCAUGGUUGAAGCUUUAUCAGGCCAAUUGACACAAAGGGAAGGAGAGCUGGUUCAAGAAAAGGCUGAGGUUAAGAAGCUUGCAAGUUUUCUAAAGCAGGCUUCAGAAGAUGCAAAAAAGCUUGUUGAUGAAGAGAGAGCUUUUGCAAGAACUGAAAUUGAGAAAGCUAGAGCUGCAGUUCAGAGAGUGGAAGAAGCUCUUCAGGAGCAAGAAAAAAUGUCCCGAGCUACAGGGACACAGGAUGUGGAAGAACUAAUGAAGGAAGUACAAGAGGCUAGAAGGAUCAAGAUGCUUCAUCAGCCUAGUAAGGUUAUGGAUAUGGAACAUGAGCUCCAGGCAUUACGAACUCAACUAGCAGAGAAGUCUAAGUGUUCAUUGAAGCUCCAGAAAGAGUUGGCAAUGAGCAAACAGGGAGAGAAAAAUAGACCCGAUUUAUUUGAAUUAGAUGGCACAGAAUCUUUAGGCUCAUAUUUGCAGAUUCAUCCAUGUUGUGAUGAAGCCCCAGAUCUUCUAGAAUGUUCUAUUCAGUGGUAUCGUUUGGCUUCUGAAGGUGGAAAAAAAGAUCUUAUUUCAGGUGCCACAAAACCUAUUUAUGCUCCUGAACCUUCUGAUGUUGGGCGAUUACUUCAAGUCAAUGUCAUUUCAGUUGGCGUGAGUGUCACUUUGACAACCUCUGGUCCCAUUGAUCCAGCUGCAGGAUUAGGGAACUAUGUGGAAGCAUUGGUUCGUCGACAUGACACCGAGUUUAACGUAGUGAUUGUUCAAAUGAAUGGGGAAGAGCAUCCUUCAGAGUCAGUUCAUGUGCUUCAUGUAGGAAAGAUGAGGAUGAAACUUUGCAAGGAUAACACAACAAUGGCAAAAGAAUUCUACUCCCCUUUUAUGCAGCUUUGUGGAGUUAGAGGAGGUGGAAAUGCUGCAGCACAGGCAUCAUUCUGGCAACCAAAAAUUGGCCUCUCCUUUGUGCUUGCAUUCGAGUCCGAAAGAGAGAGAAAUGCUGCUAUUAUGCUUGCACGCAGAUUCGCCUUCGAUUGUAAUAUCAUGCUUGGUGGGCCUGAGGAUAGAGCAGCAGUGGAGAAAGCAACUUAAAUUUGCGAAGUUAGUUUGUGUUGUAUCCUAGUGUCAGAAAAAAAUGUAAUUAUAUCGAGUUUCUAAUGUGUUGUGUAAUUUUGAGCAUUCUGGUUGAUGCUUGCUUGAUUGUGUUUUUUUUUCUUCUUUUCUAGGCAUUUUUUUGUUUGCCUUUUUUUUGGGGACAUCUUUGUUUGUACAAGGUUUUGUCCCUUACCUCGUUACUCAUGGGGUAUUGUUGUUGUUUGUACAAGGUUUUGUAAUUGUAUGAAGGCACAUAGCCUCAUUUUAUUGGAGUAAUGUUAUGGCAUGAUAUAUGAUUAUUUAUGAAAAUUUGGCACGUAUUUGUCUG